AUGUCUGUCCACACCGCUGCAGCACAUGGAGAUAAUUCUGUGCCAAUGAAAAAUUUCAAUUUAAAAGUUAAUAGAAACAGUAAUAAUGGCACAAAUUAUAAUGAUCCUAACCUAGUAACGAAAACUAGGACAAAAAGUGUUGGAUCAAAUACUUCUUCAACUAAUAGUAAUAAAAUGGUAGGACUUGGUAUAGCGAGAAGACCAAGUGAUAAUUUACUAUUAAAAUAUAAUAAUAAUUCAAAUAAUUUACCUCCAUCAUCGUCUCCUCCUAAUACUCUUUCCAAUAAAUCAAAAGGAAGAAAUAGUAAUACUAGUAAUUUAAUGAAACAAAAUGAUAAUAAUAUACCUGAAAAGGAUGAAAAUGAAAAUGAAGAUCAAAAACAAUAUAAUGCUGACGAUGAGGUAAUGAUACCGCCUCCAAAGAAACAUUUUACAGUUAAAAAUGAUCGUCCAAUAUCUAAUGAUUCAAUUUCUACAAAAGCAUCAGAAUUAUUUUCAUCACCUUCAUCCGAUUUACAUUCAAGAAAUUCUUCAAUAGAAAAUGAUAGUGAUAUUGAUAAUACUUCAAAUCAUUUGAAAUUAAAUAGUACAAAUAAUACAAGUAGUCUAAUGGAGGAAAGUAUAAUAUCCGAAGGAAAUUCUACAUUAAUAUUGAAUAGUACCGAGGGGACACAACAACAAUCACAACAGCAUUUUGAUCAACAGACACCUAUAAAUACACAUGCUGUCUUGGAAAGCAUCAACACACCUGCAUCACAGAGUAGCCAACGUUAUCUAUACAGUAAUAAUGGUAACAAAAAUAAUAAAUUCAAUUCUACAAAUGGUAGUACUCCAAACUUUAAACAUAUUCCUAACAACAGAAAUUACACAACUACAAAUCUUCCAAACAGUAACCAUUCGAGUAGUAACAAUGCCAGCGGAUUCUAUAAACCUUCCCUAUAUGGUCACUCAAACAGUACAACAGCUAUUUUGGCGAAUAAAACUCCAUUAACAGCUUCCCAACGUUAUAGAUUAAGAAAAGAGCAAAACGAAACAUCAAUUAGAAAUACAAUCAAGGAGAAAGAAAAAUUUUAUGACGAACAAAAUGGUAUUCUUGAAUUACAAGAAGGUGAUAUUGAUGAUUCAUUAAUAUGGAAUAUCCCAAUGGCUUCAUUCUCUACCAGCUCAUUCUUAAAUACCUCCUCAGGAAAACAUCACACUGGGAAACACAGAUCAUUAGCCAAUAAACAAACUGUUGAUUUAAAAAGCAGCGCUUCUAGUAACACUUCUACCACAAGCAGCAACAGCAACAACAACAACAACAAUAACGGGCCAAUGGCGAACGCUCCGGCACUCCACCACAAUUCAUCCAAAUCUGCGCCUACAAACAAUAUUAAACAACUAGGCCACAAUCAUAGAUUUACAAACUCAAGAAAGGCUGCUAUUAGUAUGCCAGUUCUUGAUUUCCACGAUAUGCCUACUUCUCCAAUUCCCGGUAUCAACAGAGUGUCUGAUUUACAAUAUAUUCAAGAGACUACCAAGAAUUUAUCGUCAGUUUACAUCCAAUCUCAAAAUAGAUUAUCAAAAUCGAAAUUAUCUCAAAGAACACAAUCUGCUGACUUUUUACCACUUGAUCUGAAAGCAGCCAGUGAACAAGGUAUGGAAUCCUUACUAUUGGUAUCUGAGGAUAAAUUAGAAGCUGUAAGUAGUUCAAGACCUAGCUGGUUACCUCCAAAGGAUCCACAAGAGAAGAAAUUGCAUGAAUAUGAGAUUUCUAAAAGUAUAAGUAUGGCAUCCAUUGAGCAAUUAGACAAGAACAAAAAUAGAGACGAACGUAAAAUUAAUGAUGAAACAAAUAGAGCUAAGUUAAUAUUGUUAUUGGAUCGUGACAUUACAAGAAAUUCCUCCUUAACCAGUCUUAAGAAAAUCGUUUGGGAGACCUCUUUCUCUACCGAGAGCAGACGUCAAAUAUAUGAUGAAGUAUUACAAAGCAAAGAUAGAAUUAUCUCUAAACAUUAUAUGGAAUCCUUUGAUGAAUUAUCUAAACUUUUAAGCAAGAUGGAUUUCCCAAAGGGUAAAGAGAUUGAGAUAGAACAAUUAAUUAAAAAUGAUAUAUUGAAUAAAAGAUGUGGACAAAUGACUCAGGAAGUUUCCAAGAACUUAAUGUUAAUGUUGAAAUUAAGAGCUGUAUCUUCUCAAGGAUUAAUUCCAGGUGAUGCAUUAUUAUUCCAUCAUUUUUUAAUUGAUCGUUCAUUUAGUUCUCCAAAAGAAGUAUGGGAAAUGGUUAAUUUACUUCAAAUGACAUGUUUCAGUGAUCUUUGUAAAAAUAAAUAUGAUACAAAGAUUCUUCAAUCUCGUGGUGUUGUUGCUAAUUACUUAUUAAAGACAGAUGAUUUUAAAUACGAAUUUAAUUCUUCUUGUUUAAAUUCAACAACUUGGUGGAAUAUUCUAGAAAGAGUUGAUCAUGAAUUAUUUAUGUGGACAAUGGAUACAAUUGUUGUAUCAAAUGCUCAAAGUUUUAAGAAUUAUCCAAUUAAAAAUCAAGAUUAUGAAGGUAAAGAUUGGGAAACAUAUCGUAGUAAGAAAGUUAUUGUUAACUACAAGAUUUUACUUUCCUUUGCAUUAAAUGUAUUAUUAAAUUAUCAUUUUGGUUUCAAUGAUUUAAAUGAAUUAGCAAUAUUAAAUGAUCAAGGAUUUUCUAUUCCAGUUCCAAUGGAAGAAUUAUUAGAUUCUACGGAAGUCAACGGAAUGUUAAUAAGAAAAUGGUUACAUUAUUACAAAAAGUUUUGA